GCCUGCGCAGAAGCCGGGAGCGGCGCCUGGGGCUGGGAGUCUCUGGUUCUGAGGUUGGGACUGUGAAUUCGGCCGCUCUCUUCGGGUCCCCGCUUUGCUCGGGUCGGGCACCUGGAUCCAUCAUGAACCGAUGCGCCGAGGCGGCCGCUGUGGCGGCUACGGUCCCGGGUUCGGGCGUCGGGGACGCCGGGCUGCGGCCACCCAUGGUACCUCGCCAGGCGUCCUUCUUCCCGCCGCCGGUGCCCAACCCCUUCGUCCAGCAGACUACGAUCAGUGCCUCCCGAAGGCUGCAGAUGUUUCUUCUUGGAAUUAUUCUGCUCCCAGUCCGUGCUUUACUGGUUGGAAUAAUUUUGCUGCUCGCAUGGCCAUUUGCUGUCAUUUCAACAGCAUGCUGUCCUGAAAAGCUGACCCAUCCAAUAAGCAAUUGGAGGAGGAAGAUCACUCGGCCCGCUUUGACAUUUCUGGCGCGUGCCAUGUUCUUCUCCAUGGGGUUUACGGUUACCGUGAAAGGAAAGGUUGCAAGCCCUCUGGAAGCGCCCAUUUUUGUCGUCGCUCCUCAUUCCACGUUCUUCGACGGAAUUGCCUGUGUAGUAGCUGGGCUGCCUUCGCUGGUAUCACGGAAUGAGAAUGCACAGACCCCUCUGGUUGGCAGACUGUUACGGGCUUUGCAGCCAGUUUUGGUAUCCCGUGUUGACCCUGACUCCCGAAAAAACACAAUCAAUGAAAUCAAAAAGCGAGCGACAUCAGGUGGAGAAUGGCCCCAGAUACUAGUUUUCCCAGAAGGUACUUGUACUAAUCGCUCCUGUUUGAUUACUUUUAAACCAGGAGCCUUCAUCCCAGGAGUUCCAGUGCAGCCCGUCCUCCUCAGAUACCCAAACAAGUUGGAUACUGUGACCUGGACCUGGCAAGGCUAUACAUUCCUCCAGCUGUGUGUGCUCACUUUCUGUCAACUCUUCACGAAGGUGGAGAUUGAGUUUAUGCCUGUGCAAGCACCCAGUGAGGAAGAGAAGAACGAUCCUGUCCUUUUCGCCAGUAGAAUCCGGAACUUAAUGGCUGAAGCAUUGGAAAUACCCGUGACGGAUCACACCUACGAAGACUGCAGGCUGAUGAUCUCAGCGGGACAGCUCACGUUGCCUAUGGAGGCCGGGCUGGUAGAAUUUUCAAAGAUUAGCCGGAAACUGAAAUUAGACUGGGAUGGUAUCCGGAAGCACUUGGAUGAAUAUGCGUCUAUCGCAAGCUCUUCCAAAGGAGGCAGAAUUGGAAUCGAGGAGUUUGCGGAAUACUUGAAGCUACCUGUUUCCGAUGUCCUGAGACAACUUUUUGCACUCUUUGACAGGAAUAAUGAUGGCAGUAUUGACUUCCGAGAGUAUGUGAUCGGCCUGGCUGUCUUGUGCAACCCUGCCAAUACAGAAGAGAUCAUCCAGGUGGCAUUUAAGCUCUUUGAUGUUGAUGAGGACGGCUACAUAACAGAGGAGGAGUUUUGCACCAUUCUGCAGGCUUCUCUUGGAGUGCCUGACCUUAAUGUUUCUGGUCUCUUCAGAGAAAUUGCCCAACGGGACUCUGUUUCCUACGAGGAAUUCAAAAGUUUCGCCCUAAAGCACCCAGAAUAUGCCAAGAUAUUUACCACAUACCUAGACCUCCAGACAUGCCAUGUAUUCUCCUUGCCAGAAGAGGUCCAGACAGCUCCCUCUGUUGCUAGUAAUAAAGUCAGUCCUGAGAGCCAGGAGGAGGGCACCUCAGACAAAAAGGUGGACUGAGCCAGUGUUCCCAGUGAGGAAAGGCGACGCGGGAGAGCUGUUCACUGGCCACAUUGUGAAUGUGUUUAUCAACUAAUGUUGUUCACGAUAGAAAGCUUUUUUUUUUACUAAGAUGACAUAUUUUCUUCCAAAAGUGUUUUUUAUUAACCUGCCUGUAUCAAGUAAGCUCCUUUCAUCUCACAUUGUGCCCUACUGGUUGUGUUGACUGAGGCUAAGUACUGUAUAUUUUUUAAUGAAAAUUUUCAGUUUACUUUUCAUAAUAAAUAAAUCCAUCAGUCUUACUCUCCACUGGUCAGCAAUUAAUCAACACCGCGUGUUUAGCAAGUGCAAACAAUUUUCAGUCGUUUCACAUGUAAUCAUGUACGUUUUCUCUAGUCCCUUCCCUUUCUGGAAGCAAGGAUGGGAAUGUGGAAAAAAACUGCAGGGUUUUGUACCUCCAUCUUUACCGGCUUAAAUUUCCAUUUAAAUUUUAGUUUCCUGGCUGAGACUUUCUAAGCGCACACGCUCCCCUUGACUUGCAUCUGGAUAGCAGAUCCUUUCGCACUCUCCAUAGUAUAGAAGGGACCUUGUUUUAAAGACGAUUGCAGUGGGCCAUAAGCUGGGAAUUGCCUUAUUGAAGGGAACAGUGAUUGCCUAAUGAGAAAAUGAAUUGUUUGCUACAGAGCUGAAUUGAAUUUAAGUUGGCUGGUUCCGAAGAUAGCACUUUCCCAAUAAGCAAAUCAGAUUUGUUCUUUUUUACAUAAUGGCCAAAUUGGUGUAUUUUACCGUGCAGUCCAAGAGAGAGCUUUGUCCUGUUAAUUUUUCCUCACAAACUUUAGAGUUUGUCAGAAAUUUCCACAUGGAAAAGAGAAGCCUCCAGCAUGUUGCCAAGAGCCAAAGAAUCAAAAAGCUUAGUUUGUUAACGUGUGGCUGUGUCUACCCCCAGGCAGGAAUACCACCUAAGCUAAGCAAAAAUUUCUUCAAAUGACAUUUUUAUUGAUACCCAUGUCUGCAUACUCUUGCUAUCACUUACAUUUGAGGUUUUGAAUAAAGAACCGAUUUAUUAAAAGAAUGCACAAAG